GGUAUCUGAUUGACAACCACAGGCUCCUAUCAUAAGGCAGCAGGGCGCGGAAUCCGAACGGUUGUGAAAAACGAGCCAAUGAUAGAAAGGCGUGGGGUUUCGUGACAGCCAAUUAAAUGUUAAGGGUGGGGCUUACACUCCGCGUAAACAUGUGAGCUGCUAUUAGGAGCGUGUGAAAGGAACGAGAGUUUUAAUUUUAGGUUGUAGUUGUGUCUAUAUAAUAUUAUAAUAUUAUAAUAUUAUAACUCGUGCUUCUGUAUACAUAUUGUUUGUCGUCUAACCGCGCUUAUCAUAAUUCAACAUGCUGAAACACAAUAUUAUUACAAAAUAACAGAGAACACUGGAGUUUAGAUGUACUGAAAUGUGAUCUUACUAACGAGCCACUGUGAAUGGUGAUAUAUAUGUGCUCUGAAUGGGAUUUAACUGUAUUUGAAACGUAACACACACCUGCUUUAUUGGUGGAAAUGGCUAAAAUGUUCAGAAUGCUUUCUGGAGCGCUUGUCAGACGCUGUUCGGGUGUCGCAGCGGGGUUAAGGUUCGCUCUGAGGCCCCUGUGCAGUGCUCCUGGCCCAGGAUACUGCCCCACCAUCUUCGCGCUGUCCUCGGGCCACGGGAAGUGUGGGGUGGCAGUGAUCAGAGUCAGUGGCCCAGCCUCGGCCAGUGCUCUCCGCAGCCUCGCUGGGAUGAAGCAGGCACUCCCAGCCCCCAGAACCGCUGUGCUGCACAGCCUCCUGGACCCCGGCACAGGGGAGCCACUCGACCGGGGGCUGGUGCUCUGGUUCCCAGGUCCGCACAGCUUCACAGGUGAAGACUGCGCUGAGUUCCAUGUGCACGGGGGUCCAGCAGUGAUAAGCGGAGUUUUACAAGCCCUGGGAAGCCUGCCCGGCCUGCGCCCCGCUGAAGCUGGGGAGUUUACUAGACGUGCCUUCCAGGCGGGGAAGCUGGACCUGACUGAGGUGGAGGGGCUGGGGGACCUGAUCCACGCUGAGACGGAGGCUCAGAGGAGGCAGGCCCUGCGGCAGAUGGCUGGAGACCUGGGGCGACUGUACCAGGGCUGGAGCCAGGCCCUCACGCGGAAUCUGGCUCACAUGGAAGCGUUCAUUGAUUUCAGUGAAGAUGAGAAUAUUGAAGAGGGCGUUUUAAAACAAGUGGACGUCUCAGUCGAGCAGCUGCGGGAGGAGCUGGAGGCUCACCUGAGGGACGGGCGGCGUGGUGAGCGGUUACGCAGCGGAGUUCAGGUGGUCAUCGCCGGGGAGACCAACGCGGGGAAGAGUAGCCUCCUCAACACCAUCUGCCAGCGGCCGGCGGCUAUCGUGUCUCCGGUUGCCGGGACGACGCGGGACGUUGUGGAGACGCCGCUGGACAUUGGGGGCUUCCCUGUGCUGCUGAGCGACACGGCCGGACUGAGGGACACUGGGGACAGUGUGGAGAGAGAGGGGGUGAGGCGGGCCAGAGAGAGGGUGGAGCAGGCGGACCUGACUGUGGCCAUGCUGGAUGUGGCAGAGGUCCCCGAGGACCUCACGAGGGUGCCCCAUUUCCUGCCUGAAUACCUGAGGAAGGUCCUAGGUGUCAGCCCGAGACCCUGCCUACUGGUCCUCAACAAAACUGACCUGCUGACCGGAGAACAGCUGGACAGCCUCAGAGGGGUCCUCGCCCGGGCUGCAGGGCUGCCCCCCGUCUGCCUGCUGUCCUGCACAACGGGAGACGGACUGGAACACUUCCUUGGGGUCCUUCAAAAGCAAGUAGAGAGCAUGUGUGGAAACCCCCUGGUGGGCGCCCCAAGCCUGACCCAGGCCCGCCACCGCGCUCACCUGCUCAGGUGCGUGGAGGCGCUGGCACAGUACCGGCACUACCGGGAACUGGACCUGGCCCUGGCUGCAGAGGGGCUCCGCCUUGGCCUCACCAGCCUGGGCAGAAUCACCGGCAGGGUGGGUGCAGAGCAGAUCCUGGAUCUCAUAUUCAAAGACUUCUGCAUUGGCAAAUAGGAAAAGCCACUGGCCUGGAGCACAUGACCACGGCACGCUUGCACAAGCUGGAAGUGCAUGCAGGAUGCCAAGCCAGGCGCAGCUUAAAGCUGAGGGUUGCUUAUUGUUGAGAGCCCUCAAAGCUGCUGCUCAAAGAUUAUUAUUCUACUUCAUUGUCAGCCUUCACCAGUUAUUGUUGACAGUGUCCAAUAGUCACAGCUUUGACCGGUUUUUCAAUAAAAAACAGAAAUUGCUUCAAUUCUGUUUCGCGUUUUGCUCCCACUGGAUUUUCUCUCUAGUCUUUGCUGUUAAAGCAAAGUACUGAACGACACAUUUGAGAUCAGGGAUGGAAAUAAGAUUGCUAUCGCACAGCAUUUGCACCUGUGACAGGUUUUACUACAAUCUUGAUUAGCCACAGCAUGUAUAGGUAAUAACAAGGUGUGCCUUAUUAAACUCUAUAGUAAAACCAGAAACAGAUCAAACUGCUGUGCAACGGGAGUCUUCAUUUCUAUCCCUGAAGAUGCUGGGAACCUGCCACGUAAAGCCUAACUCUCCUCCUGGGCCGCGGCUAUCUCGAGGGCAGGAUGCCUGGGUGAGGUCAGCUCUGUCCGCCAGCAAAGAAUGACUGACUGACUGUCUGGGCUGGAUAGAAUAACACAGAGUGUUAAACAAAGGAUUUCCUGAGGAUGCACAGAGCAGUGCUGGAGAAAGAGCUCUGUCACCUGGCUCUCUCGCAGUCACCAGCCAGCACCAGCUUCUCUCACAUACGUGUUGUGAAUCAUUCGCACAGCAUCUUCCUGGCUUUCCCCUUGUCAGACGCAGUCGCAGAAUAGGAAGCUUAAGACUGGAAAUCAAAGUAAAAAUCCUGAAUGGCAUUGUACUUUACAGAGCGUCGAAGUUUAACUGAAAAGGGCCUGUUUUUAUAGAGUUUUUUUUUCAAAAAGUGAACUCAUAUGUAGUAUCUUGAUAUAUGGUAAACGGUGGUAUGUCAACCUUGUAAAUCAAUAUUCAUAGAAAGAUGGCUGUAAAUACUGCAGAAAGGCUUGUCUGAAAAAUACAAAUAUCCAUCUAUGUUCUGCAAGUUAUGACAUUAUGGAGGUCAGCAGGGAUAUAUGCUUAAUGAAGCAUGAAAUAUUACAACGCUGUUCUAUAGACACUUGCGCUUAAACCAGAUCUGUUUGAGUGGUGUAAUAUACAUUGGCUCCCACAUAAUGUUGACAGUUCUAUUCUUGCCUGGAUGUAUAGACGCCGUGUCCGUGACUCAAGUGUUGGGAUUUCCGUGUACUAGCAUCUAUGGGAAGUAUUGUUUUCUCUUAUAAACAGUGCAGUUUGUAUACCUCCCACCCAUCCGUCUGGCUUGGAUGCCUGACAAGCUGGCUUCUUUAAAUAAAUAUUAUGUUCUUUGAG